AUGAGCGAGCAAUCAAGCAAUAGAACCAGCACUACUUCCUCAUAUAAUGGUGCAUCAGGGGGAACAUCAAGUGACACUGGUACCUCACAGACAACUACUAAUACAGGGGGUGGGAGUACCGAAAGUAGUGGAUUGCCUGAAGAUUGGGAGGAACUCAGAAGGGACAAGAUUGAACUUGAGGCCGCCCAAUUUGGAUCGAGUCAAAGUAGCGUUAAGCCUACAAGAUUAUUGUUUGACUUAUGUUCUUCGUGUGCAAGAGUGUUCGGAGUUUCAAAUUAA